UUUUAUUUUCGGGUUUCGUUUUUCGUUUUCACGUUCCCGCAAAAAACUGACCUCUCUCUCUCUCUCUCUCCGUUACGAGGAACAAAAGCAGAGAAAGUGAAAAAAACCCUGCCGACGACAUUAAACCUUCUUGGUCGAAGCAGGGAGGAGUAUGAACCCUCUAAGUUAUCGUCACUCCAGUUUUUUGUGAUUUGUACCUAGUCAACUGAUCUUUGGAUGCCACAUCCUGGAUAUUUUUGUCUAGCCAUGCUAGUUCAGUUGUGAUGAAACUUUGGGAGAUUGAUCUUGGUAAAGAGUUUGCUUUUACUGAAAAUGGGUGUGGGCUACUUAUCCAUCUCAGCACUCUGUACGGUGCUAAGCCUUGUAGGGCUCCAAUGGUGGACAGUAUUGUUACUGGAUCGGAUCAAGUCAGAUGGCUCAAUUGGUGAAAACGUUAUUCAUUCAGGGAAUGCUGGCCAUGCACUAGAGCUGCUUUUGGGUUCAUACAUCACAAUUGCCUUGCUAGCGAAUUUUGCACUUAAUGUAUUUAUCCUGGUCGUUUUAUGUCUCAAGACUUUAUUUUUCGUGCAGCUCUACCCUUCUGAGAUUCGCAAAGUGGUGGAACGUCUUAUCAAUUAUGUCAUUUACAAGGGAACCUUUCUUCCACUGGUAGUUCCGCCAACAAUUUUUCAAGCAGGCAUGUGGACAACUUGGUUAAUAGUUCUUUGUUCCUUAAAGAUGUUUCAAGCAUUGGCUAGAGACCGACUUGAACGGUUGAACGCAUCUCCUUCUGCAACUCCAUGGACAUAUUUUCGUGUUUUUUCAGUGUUCUUGUUGGUUCUCUCUACUGAUUUGUUCUGGAUAAGACUUUGUCUCAUGAUAUGCAAAUCUUUAGGCUCAACCACAUUUCUGCUCUUACUCUUUGAGCCUAUGAGCAUUGCUUUUGAGACAUUACAGGCAAUUAUGGUUCAUGGGUUUCAGCUCCUUGAUUUGUGGCAUCGCCAUUCAGCAGAAAGCAGAACAGACUGUCAAACAUCACAGUUUUUUAAUAGAUCAGCUGCAGGGUCUCUAUUGGAAUGGAAGGGUAUUCUUAUUCGGAAUUUUGGUUUUUUCCUUGACAUGAUGACCUUGUUAAUGGCACUUGGUCAUCAUUUACAUAUUUGGUGGCUUCAUGGCAUGGCCUUCCAUCUUGUAGAUGCCGUCCUUUUCCUUAAUAUACGUGCCUUGGUUAGCACAAUGAUAAAGCGAAUAAAAGGGUUCAUCAAGUUGAGAAUGGCUUUAAGUGCUCUUCAUGGGGCACUUCCUGAUGCAACAUCUGAAGAGCUACAAGCAUAUGAUGACGAAUGUGCAAUUUGUAGAGAACCAAUGGCCAAGGCUAAAAAGCUGUCUUGUAAUCACCUUUUCCAUCUAGCAUGUUUGAGGUCUUGGUUGGAUCAAGGUCUAAGUGAGAUUUAUUCUUGCCCAACUUGUCGGAGGCCACUUUUUGUGGUCAGACCUGAAGUCAACUCAAACCCCAAUUCUAGAAAUGUCUCAAGUGAUGAGCAGCUUGCUCGUCAAAUAGGAUCAGGAUUGGAGCAGCCAGACACAUCUGGACAUGCACUUCCUAUGGGGGCAUUCUCUGAACAGCCACAACAUCCUUUAGAAAGUAGUCCAUGGAGGGGUGUGGGUGUGGAUUCAAGUUGGCUGCAUCCUUGGCCAAGCCAGGCUCUUGAUGGUGCUGGUCCAUCUACUGCAAUUAGAUCAGUUGGAUUGGGCAGAUUCCAAAUGAUGAUGAGACAUCUUGCAUCUGUGGGUGAAACCUAUGCUCAGACUGCUCUUGAAGAUGCUGCAUGGAGCUUUUGGCCUAUCACACAACCUCAAGCUGUCUCUGGUUCCUCUGUUCCUCCUGUGGCUAUGGCUACAAGGUACACUGGAAAUGCUGGUGGUUUACGGUUUAGGAAUGCUUCACCCUCUGCAACUGAUAAUAUAUCAAAUAUACUUGCCAUGGCUGACACAGUACGGGAGGUGCUACCCCACAUCCCCGAUGAAAUAAUUUUCCAGGACUUGCAGCGAACAAACUCUGUUGCCGUUACUGUGAAUAAUCUUCUUCAAGUGUGAUCACUCAUUGCAUUUUCUCUGGUGCCAAUUCACUUGCUUGAAGAACUCGAGGUGAUUAAAAGAAUUGUAUAUUCCAAACAUCUAAGGUAGGUGAUUAAAAGAAUUAUAGAGGCCCUUGAAAUUCUGCAGAAACUAUGGUCUCCUAGUCUUUUUCCCUUUUCCUUAAUUUCCAUGCAUCUCAUCAUAUGUAUAUACGUUCACUUAUAAUAGUAAAGGACUCCGAUGGAAACCCUUUUUGUGCAAA